AUGACGGAAGAAGAGGAAAACCUCUAUUGGGUCGAACAGGAAGAACUAGCCGAAAGGCAAACUGAGAAUACUCGCCGCGAACGCCGACAAGCUCGAAAGACCGCUGAAGAGAAUCCGGAUAUCCGCGAUCUCCGCGAUUACAUCACCAAAACCGCUGCGGAAGUAAGGGCCGUGAAAUCGCAGAUUCACCACGCCACGAGUGCUGCCCCAGAAAUCGAUAGGCUACUCGAGGGGACUCGUAAAACGCCUUUCACUGCACGCAUCUCCAAAACCAAGGUGUCUAAUCCGGGGAAGCUCAAAAUAUUGAUCUAUAACGGUACAACCGACCCUAAAGCGCAACUCCAAGCAUUCCAUAUCACUAUGGGAAGAGCUACACUCAAAGAGGGCGAGAAAGACGCUGGCUACUGCCGCCUGUUCGUCGAAAAUCUUGAAGGGGCGGCGCUCGAGUCUUUCGUUCGAUUAAAGCAAAACUCCAUCGGAAGCUUUCGCCAGCUCGCAUCGGAAUUCCUCCUUAUGUACUCUAUGUUCAUAGAUAGAGAAACUUCCGAUGUCGAUCGCUGGAGCCUAGCCCAGGGAGAGGACGAGCCCCUCCGAGAAUUCAUGAGCCGGUUCAAACUGAUCAUGUCAAAGGUCAGCAGAAUCAGCAACAAAGUCGCUACUAACGCGCUUAGAAAAGCACUAUGGUACAAGUCGAAGUUCAGAAAGUGGAUAACUCUCAAAAAACCUCGCACGAUCCAGGACGCCCUCCACAAAGCCUCGGACUACAUAAUAAUCGAAGAAGAGACGAAAGUCCUGUCGCAAAAACAUAAGCCGACAAAGAACCCUUCGAAAGACGCGGAUCCAAAAUCAAGGAAGAAGACCUCUCGUAACGACAAGUACGUCCAUCACGAGGGAGAAGAACUCCAAGGCGCGUACAACUACGUGAUCAACCCGGAGCAAGGCAGAACUUCGGGGAAUACGUGGAACUGCAACCAGAGUUACGACAAAAACGUCUAUUGCGAGUUUCAUCAGACCGAGGGUCACUCCACGACUAACUGUAAAGUCCUGGGGGCAAGGCUGGCCGCGAAGCUGCUUGUUGGAGAACUCUCUGGAGUAACCAGCGUCAAUGAUCUAAUCCUCAACACCGACCGUCCGCCAAAACCCGAUAAAAACCCUCCCGCGGAAAAUCAGGUAGGAGAUAAACGCGAGAGGAUACCGGAUGACAGGGGGAACGAUAAUAACCGCAGAAGGGUAAACAUGAUCAUCGGAGGAUCACAGUACUGCAAGAACUCGGUCUCGGCCAUCAAAGACUACCAACCAAAAGCCGAGUCGAGUGCGAAGUACCCCACACGGUCUCCUCCUCGAGAUGGUCGGAAUGGUUCGGUGACGUUCACGGAAGAAGAAGCCGGCGGAAUCGACCAGCCUCACUGUGACCUCUUAGUCGUAGAUCUCAUAAUAAGAGAUCUCGAGGUCGCAAGGAUACUCAUCGACACCGGAAGCACGAUCAACAUAAUUUUCCGUGACACCCUUAAUAGGAUGAACAUCGAGCUCGGGGAAAUCACCCGGUACCGAAAUCGCUUACGGGUUUCUCCGGACAAACAUCCAUGA